AUGCGAGGGAGGAGUGCUAGUGGGACGGGCCGGACUCGGCCCCCCACACUAGCGGUUGUUGAGGAGGAGGACGACCAGACAGCACCUCCAGAGGUGGCUGAGGCGCAAGAGGGUGUGCAGCCAGCUCCAGCACCUCGUAGACCUCAAGCUCGGACCAGGUUGCUCGAUACCAGCACAGUAUCUAGAGAGUUGCGGGAAAUCUUCCAGAGUCGGUGGUGGGCAGUAGGCACCGCUUGGAGGUUUUUGCCUGAGGAGGCUGUUUCUUUUUACUUCGAGGAGUUUAAGAAAAAAUUCUUCUGGGAGGACGAAUUCGAGGAACGAGUCAUCCGAAUUACUUUCGAGAAGCAUGCUGCGAACCGGUAUUCUGACAGGUUGUCCACUUACAAGACUUCUCGUGAGAGAGACGUGUCUAUUACAAACGACGUGUGGCAGGCUUGGGAGAGAGUCUGGGACUCUGAUGAGACAAAGAAGAAAUCGGCCCAGGCGCGGGCCAAUCAGAUGAGCGAGCCGGCCGGAGCUGGCACUGGACCAGUUCGACAUACCAGAGGGUCGAUGUCUGCUUUAAAGCAUAAGGCGGUUUUGGCUAGGGAGCUGGGGCGCGAGCCGACACAUGCUGAGGUGCAUAAGCGGAUGCACACUCUGAAGGCUGACCUGACCCGAUUCAUGGAUGAGCGCGCGAGGAUUGCGGCUGAGCGUUUUGAGCAGGAGAUGCUGGCCGCUACACAGACAGCCGAGGGGAGCACAGCAUCUACCCCAGUGGAUCCGGACGAAGUUUAUCUUGCUGUUGAGGGGGUGAGGAAGCGGCGUAUCUACGGAUUAGGCUCAGUUGGUUCUGAGUACGUAGCCUCGCAGUGAGGUAAUUCUAGUAGACGAGCCGGCAGCUCCUCUGAGACCAUAUCGCCAGCCGCCGAUGCGAGGUUCCGCACU